AACUGGAACAACAGGCAGUUGCUCAAGGAGGGAAGGGGAGGCAAUUUAUAGUAACAAAGCGCGGGGGUAUAAAAAAGGGAGGCACGCCCUGGAAUCUUCACCAUAGACUUUGCCCUUGCUAGAGACAACUCAGCACAAUGGUCCCUCUCGCGUGUCUUCUGAUCGUCAUCCCACUGGCGGCGGCCGGGGGCUGGGACAACAACCAGCAGAUGGCCAUGAUGCAGAACAUGAUGCAAAACAUGAUGCAGCAGCAGCAAGGCUGGGGCUGGGGCGGACAGCAGCAGGGAGACGGCAUGCAGCAGGGAGGUGGCAUGCAGCAGGGAGGAAGCAACGGCGGACAGGGCAACUGGUGGGGUAUGCAGUCCCAGCAGGACUACGAGGCCUACAUGAAGUGGUGUGAGGAGAACAAGAUCCGCCAACAAGAGCAGGAGAAACAGCGGGAGCUCAUCCAGAUGUGGGAGAAACAGGAAGAGAGCAGGAAGAUGGAGGUGAGUCACAUGUAUACACACAAUGGAAUAUCUAUACGCAGUUUUUAAGGAGAAUUCAUACACAUGCACGCCCUCAGGAACUCACGCACGCACGCACGCACGCACGCACACACGCGCGCAUGUACGAACGA